UUUAUAAACACCCAAAAAAAACCUCACAUUUCCCCUAAAAAUGGCUUCCAUUCCUCUUCUCCGUUUCACUCCCACUACUACCCCUCGUCUUCUCCCCCACCCUCUCAGCCUCAAUUUACUCCAAACCCGUAUUCAAACCCGAACCCGUAUCCAUACCAAACCCACCACUUCCAUCUCCGCCUCUUACAACCCAAUCCCCGCCACCGACCGCCUUAUCUCCGCCGUCGCUUACUUUCUCCCCUUCUUCAACGGCCUUCAAUACGGCCGUUUCCUCUUCGCUCAAUACCCAACCCUAGCUCUUCCAUUUCAACCAAUUCUCCCUCUUCUAUCACUCUACCGGUCCCUCCCAUACGCUAGCUUUGUCACUUUCUUUGCACUCUACUUAGGUAUUGUUCGGAACGAGAAUCUGAACAAGUACCCCCGGUUCAACGCCCUGCAAGCGGUGGUGCUCGACGUUCUACUGGUGCUUCCGAUGUUGAUUCAGAGGAUAUUUUCACCGGGUCAAUCGGGUAUUGGGCUGAAAUUUACGGUUUGGAUGCAUAAUGGGCUUUUUGUGUUUGUUGUGGGCUGUUUUAUUUAUGGGCUUGUUUCUUCUAUACUUGGAAAAACUCCUUAUUUGCCUUUUGUUACUGAAGCUGCUAAUAGGCAAAUGUAGUUCUUUUUAAAAUUUAUUUAAUAUGUUGUUUUGUGGUUUUCUCUAAUGAAAGGAAGGUUUUUGUUGCAUAGAAUUGUAAUUUUAAUGUAUGAUAUUUUAAAUCGAA